AUAAGACAGCGCACAGACAAAAAUGAUACUGAAAACAGGCAGCCACUUUUUUCACGAACUUUAGGCAAAGACGACGCAUUCCUCAACAAAAAUGCAGAGUGUGCGGGGGUCUGUCCUUUUGCUCUCCAUGCUGGUCUUGGCCCUAUCCUCUGAAGCAGACCAGAGUCCAGUGCCUGAAGACUUGGGGCAGGAUCUGGACCAGGACUUGGACCUGGAGCUGACGCGCCACAGACUGCUGCAGAGAGCGCGCACUGCUGGACUCCUCACACAGCGUGCAGUGGAGGACCUCUUAUUGGCUCAAAUGUCCCUUCCUGAAGCUAAUGUCCCCAAACCUCCUCUACCCAAGGAGUCCUCUGGUCAUGUGACCCUCCAGCGCUCAGUGGAGUCAAACAAUAACCUGCCUUCAAUGGAACGCAAGGCUGGCUGUAAGAACUUCUACUGGAAGGGCAAAACUGCCUGUUAGAAACACUUCCAGUCGUCGCACAGGACAGCUCCUGUUAACAAAACCCUAUAACCAAUAAAGAGAUCUAUGUAAAAAUGGCAAACACUGAUCUAAUUACUCACUAAUAACUUGUGAAACGGUACUGCUUUUUACAUUCCUAAUAUUAUAAUAUAAAUAUACUUCUUAUGAAUAAAGCUUGGUCAGUAUA